CAAGACAAAGCACUUCAAACUCGAAGUGCUCCCCAGUUCUCGAUUUCUCGUCCAGAAAGAAAGAGAAGGGAUCAGAGAACCAACCAUGAUCAGCGCCAAGAGGAUCGCUCAGCUGGCCAAGAAGUGGCAGAGGAUGGCGGCGCUCGGGAGGAAGCGCCUCAACUGGCCUAAGGAAGCCGACGAGUGCUGCGCCUCUGUGGCGAGCAAGGGCCACUGCGCGGUGUACACGGCCGACGGGGCGCUGUUCGAGGUGCCGCUCGCCUUCCUCGGCACCGCCGUCUUCGCGGAGCUCCUGCGGAUGUCGCGGGAGGAGUUCGGCUUCGCGGGCGGCGACGGCGGCAGGAUCAUGCUGCCCUACGACGCCGCGGUCAUGGAGUACGCCAUGUGCUUGCUCGGGAGAGGCGCCUCUGCCGAGCUAGAGCAGGCGUUCCUGAGCACCAUGGCGAUGCCGUGCCACUAUGCAAGCCGUGCGGGGCCGUAUGUGGCAGCUUGCUGUUAGUUCCAGCUGCACACAAGUGGAAAUGUACAGUAGUAGUUCAUCAGUGUAGGCAGUAGGAGACUAGGACAAAGAGAAGCGUUAUUCACAGAGUUCUGAUCCUGCAAAUGGUAGAGGAAGGUGGCUAUUAGUGCAAUACACUUUGUACUCUUGUAUUUGUAGUACUCUGACAUGAUUGGAAGUGAACAGUCUCUCAAUCUUGAUGAAGUUAUUAUAGGCAUCAUUCUUUGCUGCCACUUUGAAAAUUUUGCGAUGUGAAGCCUUUUUAAGUCAGUAAUCAAUCGGGGCCUGCCAAACAAA